GCACAAAUUGAGCUCACAUCUGGGGACUGAGAUUGACGUAGUAGAUAUAUUAUUGACAGAAUUUGGAGAUUUCCCAGCAGUUAACCUCACAGAAGACGGUAGCACACCUGCAUCUCCUCAUUUUACUCAUCAUUUGCAUAUUUUUAUUGCAGCUGAAAUAACUCUUUGCUUUUUAUUUGACUUUUGUGUUUUUAAAGCUACUUCUACCAGUUAAUUUAAACUUCGUGGGUCUGCUUCUAAUGAAAAUAUGCAAGUCUUCGUAGCUAACAAAAGUAUUCUUUAAAAAGGCUGGAGCAGAUGUUCCCUCUCCCCUGAGGCUGCUGAGGGAGAGAAGCUUUCCACAUUAGAGAACAAGCAGUCUGGUUAAAUGAAGAGUUAAAUUGUGAACUUUCCCAGGAAUUUCAGUCCGAUUCUUUGCAAUGCGAAGAUGAAUGAUUCAACGCUUUCACUAUUUUGUUUGUUCUGUUCUCUGUUAAUAUAAUUCUGUCCUUGGAAGUGUUAUUUUAACAAAGGGGAAUUGUUAAAUUCCUAAAACUUUAAAAAUUGUUGCCAUGUCUUGAUAAUUUAUUGCCCUGGCGAUUGCAUUGAAAGUCCUAUCUCUGUGUUCCCAAAGUUAUACAAUUACUUAUAUGUUUUAUCUGCCCGUUCAUAAUAUUUCUUUUCUCUCACAUGCAUGAUGGGAUAUUUGUAGUCCUGUGACUUCUCUAUUUUAUUGUCUAACAAAUUAUUUCCCCCUUUUUUAAUUCUUAAAAUAUUUUUUUUUAAAUUAGUUGACUUUAUUUUUUUAAGACCGGUUUUAGUUUUUCAGAGACUUUAUUUUUUUAAAAGCAGUUUUAGUUUUUCAGACAAAUUAAGCAGAAAGUAGUUUCUCCUGUUCUUGAAGUUUCUCUUAUUAAUAACAACUUGCAUUGGUGUGGUACAUUUGUUACAACUGAUGAGCCAGUGUUUCCACAUUAUUCUUAACUGAAUUCGUUGUUUACUGUAGGCUUCACUCUUUGUAUACAGUUGAGUUUUACUAAAUGCAUAAGGCCAUGUAUCUACAAUUAUAGUGCGUACAGAAUAGCUUCAUUGUCCUUAAAAGGUCCCCGGUACUCCACCUCAAGUAAUUUCUUUUCAGUUAACACCACUGUAUGGUGAGAACGCUGCCCUCCCCAUCCCUCCUUGGCCUUCACGGAAAUGAAAUGCCUUUUACCCCACUGGCCCUUUUUCCUUAUUUGUGUAUCUGUCUCCUAAUUUGUAAGGUCUCUGGAGAGUCAGCCCGUGGUCUCCUGAUAAGCUUCCUAAAGGUGAGUUUCAAGGAACUAAUCCAUAUUCGUGUACUCAGAUACAGCAUCCAGACAGUGGCCUGUUUUCCUUGAAUUUAUCUUUAUUGUUACCUGCUGUGUUUCGGCCUUUGACAUGUGGAGAUCAUGGCCCCCCUGCUUGGGAUGGACUGCAAGGGAUCUAACAUGAAGAAGACUGAGCCCAGGAAACAGACUAAAUCUUUCUAGGAGCAGUGGGAGGAAGACAGAAACCGCCCCCCUGCCUGGUCUGGCCAAGCCACCUGCCCAGCGCUGCUGCCACCAUGCCCAAGAGAAAGGCCAAAGGAGAUGCUAAAGGUGACAAAGGGAAGGUGAAGGAUGAGCCGCAGAGGAGAUCGGCACGCUUGUCUGCUAAACCGGCUCCUCCAAAACCAGAAUCCCGGCCUAAAAAGGCCCCUGCAAAGAAAGGAGAGAAGCUACCCAAAGGGAGAAAGGGGAAAGCAGAUGGUGGCAAGGAGGGGAACAACGCUGCAAAGAACCUAGAUGCUUCCACAGUCCAGUCACAGAAAGCAGAAGGCAGUGGGGAUGCCAAGUGAAGUGUACUUUUUUGAUAGUCUGUACUUCUAGUGACUCUACUGUUUGAAAUACUAUUUUUCUUUAAUCAAGUUUUAUAAAAAUGUAGAAUUUGGGUGUUGUGUUUUUUUCCCCAAACUUAACGUUGUUAGCAUACAAGAUGCAUUGUUGUUGUCCUUUGUGGAAAGUGCAAAUACCACUAAUAGAAUGUCUCAGAAGCUGGCUUGAAAUGGGGGAAGAUGGGAUUUUCUGUCCUUGUUUUUGAAGAUUAUUCUUGGUUCCCAGGAGAGAUUCUCUGACAUUCACACAUGUCAGCCACUUUGGCUUAGAAGCCUUACAGCACAGAGAAGCAAAACUUCAUGUCUUCUUUCCUGAUGCCAUCAGCAUAUACUUGACUUCCUGAAAUAGUUGUGAUGUGGCCUUGGCUCCCCUAAAAUCCCAUGCUGGGUAACAGUACUCAGGCUUCCUGGUGAUAACACCAAGAUGGUGUUGCUCCAAAGAGCCAAGAUUCCUUUGUAGUUUGUAGAUCAUUGCAUUGAUGAUCUUAGAGUUUUUAGUUCCUUUCUUCCGUGUCCGAGUUGACCUGUGAAAAGAUCUUCCAUGCCUCUUGUGAAAUAUCCACCCCUUCUGAGAACUCCCGCCUUUUCAAACACAACAGAAGACUGUUGACUUUUGGGGGAGGGGAGUUUAAAAGUUGUAAAAUGUUAUGGAUUGUCCUCCUGGAAAUAACUGGUUUUGAAAAGUAUCUGAUAAAGCUGAAUACAAAUUAGCUUGGUGGGAGGGGGAUCAUUUCCUACCCAAAGUCAUAGAGAUAUUCUUUCCUGCAUUGUAAACCUUUUAUAGUCUUGCUUUUCACAUUUGUCUUUAGUCUGCUCUGAACUGAUUUUUGUGAAAAGUAGGAGAUAGAAGUUCAAUAUAGUAUUUUUUCCAUAUGGAUAAGUGGUUGUUGCCCCAGCACCAUUCUCUGAAUAGUUUAUUCUUUUCCCACUGAUCUAUAACACCAGCUCUUUCAUAAGUAAAGUCUCUGUGUGGGUGGGUCUGUUGAUUAUUUCUUUUCAGUCAAUUUGUCUAACCUUGUGGCUGUACCAUACAAUCCUGAGUACUACAACUUUAGAAACAGGUCUUCAUAUCUCAGGACAAAUCCCACAUCCAAAAAAAUCACCACCAAAUUUUUCUUCCUUGGGAGUAUCUUGGCUCUUAGCCAUUUGCUCUUCUGUACAACUUUUAGAAUUAGAUUGACAAGUUCUAAAACAAAACAAAAAUGUUGGAAUUUUUAUUGGAUUUGUACGGAAUUUAUAGACUAAAUAAUACAAUGUUGAGUCUUCCAAUCCAUGAACAUGAUACAGUUCUUCAUUUAUUUAGCCUUUUUAAAUGUCUUUCAAUAAAGUUUUAUAAUU